GGAAAACCUGCAACAAAAAUGGGAGCACUUGCUGAAUAAGUUGAUCAAUCACAUUUAUUCGCCAUCUCUUAGGUUCAGCUUCUCCUUUCCAUUGUAUAAUGGAUGGAAGCAACCAAAGCAUGUUUUUCCCUCAAAUGCAGCAUUACCAGUCAUAUGGACAGCAGAUGAUGAAUUCUCAAAUGGGUUGCAUUGACCAGAAGCCAGUGGGACUGGUAGAUCAGUUUGGAAUGGAUCCACAAGUGGUAAAUACUGCAGGGAAGAAACCAGCAAAACCGUCCAAAAAGAAGAAGAAAGCGAAGGAAAGUGUAACGAUCAAAACUGAAGGUGAUGGCACAGACAAGAAAAACCUGAAGCAGCAAAAGAUCACAGAACAUCUGACAGUGAGGAAGAAACGAGACAGGUUCAACGGAAUGCCAGAAGAGGAUGUCGUUAAAAGGACUCUCCCCGACCACCUGGCAGAAAAUCUUGAUAUUGUCAUUAUUGGUAUCAAUCCCGGUUUAUUUGCUGCCUAUGUUGGUCAUCACUAUGCUGGUCCAGGGAAUCAUUUUUGGAAAUGUUUGUAUCUCUCUGGUAUGAUCCCAGAACCCAUGAAUGCUUAUGACGAUGCCCAGUUACUGGAUUUUGGAAUUGGUUUUACAAAUAUAGUGGGUAGAACCACGCGAGGAAGUGCUGAUCUCAAGAAGGAGGAAAUAAAGGAGGGAGCAGAGAUAUUAAAAUCAAAGCUUAUCAAAUACAAACCAAAGAUUGCUGUUUUCAAUGGAAAAGGCAUUUAUGAAGUGUUCUUGGGUCACAAGAAUUUCUAUUUUGGAAAACAGCCCGCAGUUUUAGAGGGAUCAAAUACAGUUGUGUAUGUGAUGCCAUCGUCCAGUGCUCGAUGUGCCCAGCUCCCACGAGCAGUUGACAAGCUGCCGUUUUUCACAGCGUUGAAGAAACUUCGCGACCACAUGCGAGGAGACAUUCAACUUGCUGACGAUUCCGAAGUGACGUUUCCCGAUCUUGAGCUGAAAGUGUUCAAAGUAGAGAAAGUUGAACCUGUGGAAGGUGAUAAUAAUCCACAGCCUCCAGUUAGUAAGAAGAAGAAGAAGAAAUCAACCCCUUCCAAAGCACCGGUGCUUGCUGAGAAUGCUGCAGCUAGUCAGGGUUCGAUGUGGCCGGCAGUGAAACAGGAAAAUGGUUUCAAUCCUGCUGAUUAUGGUCAGAUGUCUGCUGUUGACAAUCAUGUUUCAACUGCUGCAUCGGCAGCACACUCACAUGCCAAAAGUGUAUAUAAAAAUGUUCUAGAUAUGAACUAUGCACAGGCAAAUGGCUUGUCUACACAAUCUUCAGGUGUUGGUGUUCCCCACACAACUGCCAACUGCAGUACCUCGGGGAACGGUGUCACUUUCUAUCAGAACAGUGAUCUGCACACACUGCAACCUAUGCAGCAGUUUUUCUCACAGGGAUCGUUUCUGCAACAGCUGCAAACUCCAUUACUUCCAGAACAGUCUCAGGGAAUGCAGUUUAGUAAUGGACCAAACUGGCAGCAAUUUGGUGGACACCCAUUCUACCAGAACCUAACAAUGAACCAGAUGCUGCCACACGGUCAUCCGAAUGCUGGGUUUCCUGGUUUCCCAGGACAACAGAACAUGCAGCAACCGGCUCCUGCCCAUCAACAGCCAUCUCAGAUGCCAUUGCCAACUGUUAAAGCAGAGCCACAGAGUACGGGUUAUGAAAAUGUUCCAGCUAACAACUCAUGUCAUAUAAAACAACAGGAGAUUCAGAAGCAACCACAGCAGCAGCAGCAGCAACAACAAUGUUUGACACAGAACCAACCCCCGCCUCCAUUACAGCACAUGCAACAACAGCAUCAGUCUUUCCAGCAGAACCAGAAUCAGCAUGGAUAUUUCCCUCAGAUGCAUCAAGCACAGAAAGAGCAGACUGAAAUGUCGGUAGUGAAAUCAGAACCAAGGGAGAGUGGUUAUGAAUGUGCCUUGAGUGGUCCGUCUAGUGUUGUAGAAAAGUUACAAGGGCAGACGUCUCCAUCACAUGAUCAGCUUCCACAGCAGCAGCAGCUGCAGCUGCAGCACCGAUCUCCGACACAAACAAACCAAAAUCAGCAAGAGCCGCCACCGUUAACGCAUAUGCAGCCUUUGGUAGAACAGACCCCAAACCAGCAGGCUUUUGUGCCUCAGAUGCAACAGCAUCAGCAACAGCUAGGUUUCAGGGUCAAAACUGAACCAAAGGAGCAGGGUUUUGACUGUACCAUGAGCUGCAGUCAGCCAAGUCGUGGACAGGAGCAGCCAGGACAAAAUAGCAGUCAGCAACCACAGCAGCAGCAGCAGCAGCAGCAACCACACUCCCCCACACAACUACCAUUUACAGUGAAAUCCGAACCACAGGACCAAGGCUAUGACUGUGCCAUGAACAAGAACAGCAAUUGAAAUUAGCAAUAGUUGAAAUCAGCAACCAUUGAAAUUGACAUAUUUCAUCUCAUGACAAAUGGUACAUACAUUAUAGCAAUAACUUUUCUUCUCAAUAUAACAGGACCAGGACAAUAUAAACUGAGUUUUUUUUUAAAGAGGAACAAAAAGUAUACUUCUAUCCAUUAUUUUUGGGGUCGAUUUUUACACUUUUUCUUAUGCUGUUUUUAUGGCUGUGCCAUCCAUUUUAGGUUAAAAAAAUCAGUUAAGAAUAAUUUUAUGUUGUUAUAUGCCUUUUAAAUGCGGUUAAUUAUACUAUUUAUGAUGUAAUUUCUGAAAUGUAAUUUGAUGUACUGUUCAUGGUGUUGUGUACUUGUUUUGACUUGUUUUAAUUUGGCUCUUGCGAUUAGAAGAAAUUAUUGUUGGAGCAAUGGAUGUUGUUUGAGUAGAUACUGUCUGUACUUAAAACAGUGAUUCGUUUUUGGAGUUUGGAGUUUGGAGUUGAGGUAGUUUGUUGCCGUAACAACAAUGCCUUUUAAGAGGCUGUUUGUGAAAAAUAGGUUGCUUUAGCUACUGAGUGCAGUAAAGAAUCUUUAACUAUAAGUAUGGAUAGUAGCCGGUGUUGGAGGCUGCAUUAGACGCUGACACUCAAAUCCUUUUGCCUACUAAUGAACAUAUAUUUAGAAAAGUAGAUGCUUGUAAAGGCAAUUUUUGUACUGCUGUAUGCAAUUGUUGAUUUUUAAUUGAUAGCUUGUUGGUCCACAUGCUUAAAACUCUAGCUACAGGACCAUUAACCAAAGAGUGAAUUACAGUGUAUUUGACAGUAUGUAUAUGCAUCUAUAAUUGAGUGGUUAUGUUAGGCAGCCUAAGAAAAUAAUGAAACCGGUCAGACUCUGUAUCAAAUAUUCUGUCCCAAAGCAGGCCACUGGCCCUGACAGAGACCGGACUUUGGAUGGACGUGCCUGAACCUUAAAUGGGAUAUGGACACGUUGAUAGAGUUCUGAACCUGGUUGGGACAGUCAGCCACUGUCCUCGACAUGGACCGGACAUGGGAUGGACGUUCCUGAACCUUAAAUAGGAUAUGGCUACGUUAAUAGAGUUGUGAACCUGGUUGGGACAGUCAGCCACUGGCCUUGACAGAGACCGGACUUGGGAUGGACGUGCCUGAACCUUAAAUAGGAUAUGGGUACGUUAAUAGAGACCUGGACCUGUAUCAAAUUGUUGGUCUGGUGGCACAGAAAUUACUAUAUGCAAAAGAUGUUAAAGUGCAUCUGUCCAGGGCAUAACUUUCUCCAACACUAGAGACCUCCAUCCAGGACAGAUAGAAAGUUAUAAGUAACCAAAUGUUGUAAUGUUUGUGAAUUGAUCUCAAUUUCAUGUAUUACUGUUGUUUAUUUGUGUACUUGCAUAUCUCUGGUAUGUGAUACUUUCAGGGGACUGUAUUUAUAAACUCUUAAGAAAUCAGGAUGUUUUUCACAGGGUUUUUUAUCUAGGUAACCAAUUGUAUAGUUAUUCCGUUAUACAGUGACAUCCAAAGUGUAUUUUAAACAAAAUGUUUUACAAUAAGGUAGUAUGUUUCAGUUUGACUACUGAUAAGUUGAGAACAUUCUUGGAUUUUUAACAAAUGCACCGUUAUAAUGGUGGUUCACCACAUGACCGAUUGGUGGUUCAUAUGAAUGUAAAAUUGUGUAACCGACACAUGAACUGAAUGACAAUUUGUGUGAAAUAACGUACCAUGCAGUUUAUCAAACUUGUGAAUGUUGCUUAUAACAGCUUUAAGAUAAACAUUGUCAGUUGUUUAUUUUGUUAAAUUAAAUACAUGUAAUAAUAAUUAAUAAGACAAACUGGAUUACUAUUUGUGGUAAAAAACCACACACUUGUCUAUGUGAAAAUACAUGCUGCCUCUGUAGGAUAUGAAUCAUGAUUUUGUGAUCAUAAUUAAUGCAGUUGCUGACCCUAUCUGUUGUUUCCAAGGUGUGUACCUUUUUUGUGUAAAUUAACAGUAAAAAGGCUAUACCUGUAUUUUACAAGGUCUAAUAUCUGUGGUUAGUGUAUGGGUGUAAUUGCUAGUCAGCUGGAAGAGGUAGUGAUGUCACUGAUGACCUUGUUUAUCUAGUCUUCAUUAUUCAAAUUGGUAUGGUUUAGUACAGUGACCGAGACAUACAUUAUUAUUUUCUACUCAUUCACAAUACAGUAUCUGAGACAUACGUUGUUAUCUUCUACAUAUUCACAGUACAGUGACCAAGACAUACAUUAUUAUCUUCUACUGAUUCACAGUACAAUGACUGAGACAUACAUUGUUAUCUUUAAUUGAUUCACAGCACAGUGACCGAGACUUACAUUGUUAUCUUCUACCAUUACAGUGUUAUCUUCUACUGAUUCACAGUACAGUGAUUGAGACAUACAUUAUUAUCUUCUACCGAUACAGUGUUCUCUUCUACUGAUACACAGUACAGUGAUUGAGACAUAUUAUAUAUUGUUAUCUUCUACUGAUACAGUUAUCUUCUACUGAUAAACAGUACAGUGACUGAGACAUACAUUGUUAUCUUCUACUGAUUCACAGUACAGUGACCAAGACAUACAUUAUCUUCUACCAUUACAGUGUUAUCUUCUACUGAUUCACAGUACAGUGAUUGAGACAUACAUUAUUAUCUUCUACUGAUACACAGUACAGUGAUUGAGACAUACAUUGUUAUCUUCUACCGAUAGUUAUCUUCUACUGAUACACAGUACAGUGACUGAGACAUACAUUGUUAUCUUCUACCGAUACAGUUAUCUUCUACUGAUACACAGUACAGUGACCAAGACAUACAUUGUUAUCUUCUACCAUUACAGUGUUAUCUUCUACUGAUUCACAGUACAGUGAUUGAGACAUACAUUAUUAUCUUCUACUGAUACACAGUACAGUGACUGAGACAUACAUUGUUAUCUUCUUCUGAUUCACAGUACAGUGACCGAGACAUACAUUAUUAUCGUUUACUGAUUAACAGUAUAGUUACCAAGACAUACAUUAUUAUCUUCUACUGAUUCACAGUACAGUGACCGAGACAUACAUUAUUAUCAUUUACUGAUUAACAGUAUAGUUAGCAAGACAUACAUUAUUAUCGUUUACUGAUUCACAGUAUAGUGACCGAGACAUACAUUAUUAUCGUUUACUGAUUAACAGUAUAGUGACCGAGACAUACAUUAUUAUCUUCUACUGAUUCACAGUACAGUGACCAAUACAUACAUUAUUAUCUUUUACUGAUUCACAGUAUAGUGACCGAGACAUACAUUAUUAUCUUCUACUGAUUCACAGUAUAGUGACCGAGACAUACAUUAUUAUCUUCUAUUGAUUCACAGUAUAGUGACCAGGACAUACAUUAUUAUCGUUUACUGAUUAACAGUAUAGUGACCGAGACAUACAUUAUUAUCGUUUACUGAUUAACAGUAUAGUGACCGAGACAUACAUUAUUAUCUUCUACUGAUUCACAGUAUAGUGACCGAGACAUACAUUAUUAUCGUUUACUGAUUAACAGUAUAGUUACCAAGACCUACAUUAUUAUCUUCUACUGAUUCACAGUACAGUGACCAAGACAUACAUUAUUAUCGUUUACUGAUUCACAGUAUAGUGACCAAGACAUACAUUAUUAUCGUUUACUGAUUAACAGUAUAGUUAGCAAGACAUACAUUAUUAUCGUUUACUGAUUAACAGUAUAGUUACCAAGACAUACAUUAUUAUCGUCUACAGUGUUAUCUUCUACUGAUACACAGUACAGUGAUUGAGACAUACAUUGUUAUCUUCUACCAAUACAGUUAUCUUCUACUGAUACACAGUACAGUGACUGAGACAUACAUUGUUAUCUUCUACUGAUUCACAGUAUAGUGACCGAGACAUGCAUUAUCUUCUACUGAUACACAACUGUGAUGGCUAGUGGUAUGUCGUACAAAUACAUGUAUGGCUAUGAAAACAAAACUUACAAAUUGUUGUAUGAACUGACAAAUUGUUACAAUGCAAAUGCUACUUCAGCAUGUAAAUCCUGUUGACAUAUUCAUGUACAGCAAUUUGUGUACUUAAGUUUUAGAUUUUUGUGAAAAGAUCUGUGCUUGAUAGCAUAAUGAUUUGCUGAGGCACCAGUCAUACUACAUGAGAUGUUAUGUAGUAUUGUUUAUGUAUGCAUCAUGAUAUGUCCCAAUGUAGUUUGAAAUAAUCAUCAAGGCAAUAUUUACAGAAUCUCUGUUCAUUCUUAUUCUUGACUGUUAUAUUACAUAUUAUAUACAAUGUAUACUGGUAUAUAUGAUAUAUGUUUUACAAUACAAGUAUUUGUAUUGCUUGGAGGGUGGGGUUUAGAAAAAUUGGGGAUUUUAUCACUACCCCCUCCCCCCAAGUGAAAAAGAAAUCAUAUCGGAUAUAUUAAAUACUAUAUUUGAGAAAUACUGAAAUAACAAUAGACAAAUCACUAAAGAGUUAUUUCCCUUUGCAUCUGUCAGAUUUAAACAAAUUAUUUGUGUUGGAUACUAUAAUUUUUAAAUCUCAUUAUUUAUUAUAUGACUGCACACUGAUGCAAAGAAGAUAACCAGAUUUGACUUUUUCUUCCAGUCAUUUGGUCAAUGUCUAUGGUAACAGGAAACCGCUGUAUUUGUUCCAAGUGUUAAAUACAUUUACAUGUAAAAGUGGCAACAGGAUCAAUGUUCGAAAUUCAUUUUGUGGAAUAGCAAGAGAUUGAUACUGCUAGUUCGUGUAAAGUAGUUCAAGAAAUUAGUCACAAGUUUUAACAACAUCACAGAAGUUGUGAGACAAACAUGGAUAAAGUUCAUGUUUUAUUUUAUCACGCUUAAAAUGAGGAUUUAUAUUCAUCCAUCCACACACACACACACACACACACACACACACACACAGAGAGUGAAACCUUUCAAAACUGGAAUUCUCUCAAAACUGGAAGUUUUUCAUGGCCCUUUUUUAUAUAUCUGUGUAGAAGAGAAUAUCUCUAAACCAGAUACGUGUGUGUGUAAAACAUACUGUCUAAAAUAAGAUGAAUAGAAAAAGCGGCUUGUGAAGUUGGUUGUCAGGAAGCGUAUUGAGUAUUUUCAGCAGCAUUUGUUAACUGAUCACUGCCAAUUUUGAACCUUUUAAGUACUUUUUAGUGGUGGACAAUUUAAUCAUUUUCUUUCUAGCAGGGUUUUUAAAGAUUAUUUUAACAUUCCUUUUUGUUCACUGAUAUUCAGGUAAAUUAGUUCUCUUUUAUAAUCAAACUUGUUUUUAUGUGUAUUAAGUUUCCAAGUGGUUUUAACGCAAAUAUACCUAAUUCUUUGUGUGUGUGUUUGUGUGUGUGUGUGUGUGUGUGUGUGUGUUACCGAAUGGUUGUAUACAGGAAAACAAGAACAACUCAGCAGGAGUUUAGGGUUUAUUCAGAGAAAGCAGGAAAUCGAAGAAGCCAGCACAAGUAUAACCUGAGAGAAUAAAACUUUGUAAACAGUGUUUUAAAAUGGUAUGUGUGUAGUGAAUGUAGUUUAAAACACCCGGUUACAUGUGUGUGUGUGUGUGUGUGUGUGUGUGUGUGUGUGUGUGUGUGUGUACAAGUGAAUUAUAUUUAACACAAAGAUUAAUUCUAGGCGUUUUGUGUCCAAAGAACACCAGUCUUAUUUGCCUUUUAACAUUAUGAACCUUCAUUUUAAAGGUUUGCAGCCAUUGUAAGAUGUUUCUAUUUAACAGCCUUUGUGAUAACAAAAAUUUAAUUCUAGAAUACCAGUGUUUGUAUAUCUAAUGUGUUUGCAGUCAUAUGGUAAUAUUUGAUUUUCUUUCGGAUAUAUAUUGGUUUAGUACAUACAAAAUUCUUGUACUGUAAAAGCUAGUUUAGGCUGCUGGUACUACAAACAUUAGGACGACAACAAACGGCUUGUUUAUACAGACACUGAUAUUCUACAUGGGAAAAUAUCUUUAAUAUGUCAUUCUAGUGGCCAGAAAGACUGUUGGUCGUAAACAUGUUUCAAUGGCAGCAAAUUCAGGACAGUCCCUUUAAUAUGACCCUUUGGGUGACUUGUAGCUUACUCGGUUCGAUAUUUGUGUAUUUAAUUAGUCAUUGGAGAACCCUUCUAAUUUAUCAUUAUGUCCCGCUCCAUUGUUGUUUGUCAAUGGAGUACAUUGGAGUCAUGGUGUUUUUGUGAUAAAAUAUGUAAAAUUGUAUCCACCUUUUGCUGGUGUAUAAAUUGAAUAGACAAUUUGUGGUAUGUUUUGUUCAUAUUUGUGACAUAAAAAUGUUUUUGUUUUUCCUCUUUUUAAUUUAUGAAAUUAGUCAGUGUAACGUCUUGUAUAAAUUGAUCAACACUGAACCAAAAAUCUCAGUAUAACUUUAAAAAACCCUAAAACAUGGUGUAAUAAAUUUUUACUUCACAUUUUAAUAUAAAACUAUUUUUAUAUUUACAUUUCAAUUUUUAUAAAUACCGGUACAUUUUGUGUUAGUAUACAUCCUUUUUCCUUUUCUACAUUUAUUUUAUAUAAAUUGAUAUUUAUGUUUUUGCAAUUCUACCUCGGGCCAGUUCUUAAAAUGUUUUUGUGGUAGUUGUGUAAUAAUUUAUUAUGAAAUUAAUCAUUUAAAAUGAGUGAUGGUAGUUGUACUUGUCUGCAUGUUCAGUUUCACAUACUCUUCCGCACACUUUUAAUUAUGCAUGUUCAGUUUCACAUACUCUUCCGCAAACUUUUAAUUAUGCAUGUUCAGUUUCACAUACUCUUCCGCACACUUUUAAUUAUGCAUGUUCAGUUUCACAUACUCUUCCGCACACUUUUAAUUAUGCAUGUUUAGUCGGCAAAAACUAAUUCAGUAACCUAUGCUGUAUUUUCAUGUUAGAAAAUGUAUCUUGGAUGUACUUGGCCAUCAAUUUGUUUUCCCUCCAAAAUUGUGGAUUGUAGAACAGAAGUUCAUCUGUUGUAUCCUUGUUAAUACAUAUAAUUUCACUCAGUAUAUUAAUUGUAAAUUGUAAGUUUCCAUAUUUUAUUUGUAGUUUUUUCAAAAUAUUUUUUUUUUUACAAUAUUUGGUUAAAUAGAUAAUUGAUUUAUGAGGUAUUAAAUUUAAAAAUUAAACAAAGAUUUGUCCAUUUCUGAAGAAAAAAAAACACCCAUAAAACUGACUGCUUUAUAGUCCCAACUAACAAUUAUGGAAAGAAUAUUAUUGCUAUAGUGUUUUGUGGUGUUUGCUAGUGUCAUUUUAGAAUGUUAACUCUUGUAGUGUAAUUCAUACAGUGCACAUGGUGCUUAGUUGUUGUAUAGGUUUUAGUGCUUUAGAAUGUUGGUAUUAGGCAAAUUGAAUGAAUGAAUAUGUUGAUAUGUGAUGGUAAGCAAGUGAAUUUGUUGAUUGUUAUGAUAUACUGUAGAAAAGAUUUCCACUGCCUGAUAACCGAGUCCACCUUUGCUUAAAAGAUGUGUCUGGACCAAAUGCUGGGAGAUGAGCUGCUAAAUGUCUAUUUACUCAUUAUCUACCAAAUGUUAUUUAAAUUACACUCGCCAUAAAACAAUUGAGGAAC